AUGUUUUUUCUUUUUCUAAUUUUCCUGGUUUGGGCGUCAUCGAUUACGGCAUGGCUGUUUGGUGGGGCAUCGCAGAGUACGGAAGGCUCAUCUGGGGCUGUAGGAAUGUCUGGUAGGAAUUUGUAUGAUGGAACGAAGACUCUAAAUUACUUUAGAAUCAUCGGCGUCGAAGCUUUUGUCCAAAAAAGAAGAGCCCAAAAAAUUGGAGACUACAGUAAGCAAGCUGAAUUCUAUUUUUGUCAGUUUAGUGUGACCCUGAAACCGUCGAAACGAAGGCGAUUCCCAGUUUCACACCAACCAAUAGGAGACGAAGGGGUAAGUUGAAGCGUUUUCUCAUCGUUCUUAUCUUUGUUUUAUUUUUUCUGGCUAGGGAAGUGUGCAAACUGACCUUUACCAAGUAACAAGUGUUAUAUACCGUUCGAAAGUCCUUGAAAAGUAGUUUUAGAAAGUGCUUUCAAUUUUUGCAGAAUUCCUCAGGGCGAAAAAUUUCUGUACCUUUAGUGGUUACAAAAUUUCAUAUGGGGCAGAAUAGAAAUAUCGGUUCUGUAUGAAGUGAAAAAAUACUUAAUUUUUUAAUCUAGAAAGACAUGUAAGUUUGAUGGUCGUAACCAGAGAUUGCCACGGUCAAAAUGUCGGCUCCGGCUCUUAGCUCCCAGAGCCGGAGCCGAGGCCAAAUUUGAAGCGCCGGCUCCGGCUCUUGGCUCCGUGCAAAAUUUAAAAAGGCCUCCGGCUCCGAAUCCCGGCUCCUAUGCAAAAUGUUUUUUUAAAAAUAUUUUUCCAAAAAUAAAAGUUAUUAGUGCCAGAUAUCAUACAGCCAACGUUUCUGCAGUCAAGUCACAUCCUCCGCAGUGUUUUUCAAGCAAUUUGGUUUAACAAGAUCACGAAAUUUUUACUUUUCUGACCGCUGGGAAGCCUGGCUCCGACUUUGGGCUCGGGAGCCGGAGCCGACCCCAAAAUUUCCGGCUCCAGCUCUGGCUCCCGGCUCGGAGCCGGAGCCGCUCCGAGCCGGAGCCAAGAGCCGGCUCCGGAGCCGUGGCAAUCUCUGGUCGUAACCGUAAUGGAUCGUUUUCCAUCAAAAUUAAAACUUUUGUAAAUGUUUAACGAAAAUAUUUUCCUAACAGUAAAACGUUUUUGCCCAAGUUGAACUGAACCCGACUUGUUUUGGCUUAUCAGCCAGCUCAGCAACCACUGCACUAUUGAAGCAACAUCUCCGGCCGGAGAUCUCCGGGGGUGUUUUCUGCCCAAGAGGAAGAAAGAUUUUUUGCAAAAGAGAGGUAUAGCGCCGCGGAGAGGUAUUCUGCAAUAAUGGGAAUGGUGUCUUGUAUCACCUUUCAAAGUCUCUUCAGUGGUGUAUGUCGCUUGUCAUUUGGUAAGGGUUAGGUUGUACUAGUGAGGCUAUGAUUAUUUUGCAGCUCGAAGAAAGAGUUCUGGAGCUUCCAUGAAAGAAUUACUGGCCAGACAAGAAAGCAAAUCGACUGAGGAAGAGAUGGGAAAAGAAAGGGAGCCCCCGAAACUGGAGAGGACCGACCUUCCCCCAUCCCGCGACACCCCCUCAGCCGUUACCCCGCCCAAUCCGAACCCAUUCCCAUCCAAAAAAGACGCCACUGAUCUCACUGACAAACCUUAA